UGAAAGCACAUUGACGCAGAAAGAAGCCAGAAGGACGCUAAUAAGUCAGUCUUAUUAUUUGUUCUCCAGUUUGAAAUAUUUACGUCGUAUAAAAUACAUCUUUGAGUCUUUAUUUUAAGGAUAAAAUCGUCUCGAUGUGCUAGAAGCACUUUGCUGCUUCUCGUGCUCGUUUAUUGUUAGUUAGCUUAGCUCGCUAGUUAGCUUAGCUUGUUAGCUGCUAACAGAAGUUAUCAACACAUCGCUAAGUAGAGAUCAAGUGUGAGAGUAAAGUGUUGCGAUUGUGUGAAAAUGUCUACAUUACACAUGUUGAGAGCGUUGGUGGAUCAGCGACUAACUGCUGCCGUUGAAGAAAUAUUUGUAGUGUUAGAAAGAACGAUAGCAGAAUACGAGGCGGAACUUUCUAGAACAAAGGAGGAGAACAAUCGACUACUGGAUGCUGUUUUCAAGAAACAUCAAGUUGUGUUACACAGAACAGACGUCCAGCAGCCCCCUCACAUGAAAGAGGAAGAUGAGGAUCCACACAGGAAAGAGGAAGAGGAGGAUGAUGUCAGCAAGUUUCCACUGACUGUUGUCUCUGUGAAGACUGAAGAGCAUGAAGACAAAGCACCUGAGUCCUCACAGCUUCAUCACAGUCCAAACGUCCAGCGGGUGUCAGCAGAGAGUCAAGAAGAGAUUCCCUCCAAGCAGCAGGAGUGGAGCUCCAGUGUGGGACAGAAGGAGCUGGAGCCCCCACACAUUAAAGAGGAAGAGGAGGAACUGUGGGAGCAGCUUCAAAGGUUGGUGGAGGCUAACGAUGAAGAUGAAGCUCAGUCCUCACAGCUUCAUCACAGUCAAAGUGAGGAGAACAGAGGGGCGGAGCUUGUAAGUCAACACAUCACAGAAGCUGAUGGAGAGCAUUGUGAAGAUAUCAAGUCAGAACCAGACAGCAUCUUUGCUCCACUGUCAGACAUGGACCACAUGAUGUCACACUCUUCUGAUCACAGUGACCACAUCCAAAAACCUUUGGAGAGUAAAAAUGACUCUAAAGGUGAUACGAGACAUCACACUAACAACAAACACUUUGACUGCUCUGAAUGUGGGAAAUCAUUUAGACGGAAGAGUCAUUUUACAAGACACAUGAGAAUACAUACUGGAGAGAAACCUUUUACUUGCUCUGUUUGUAAGAAGAGUUUCUCCACAAAACAUUACGUGACCACACACAUGAGAAUCCAUACUGGAGAGAAACCUUUUACUUGCUCUGUUUGUAAGAAGAGUUUCUCCAGAAAGAAAUACAUGAUCACACACAUGAGAACACACACUGGAGAGAACCCUUUUGCUUGCUCAGCUUCUAAUCACAGUGACCACAUCCAAAAAUCUUUGGAGAGUAAAAAUGACUCUAAAGGUGAUACGAGACAUCACACUAACAACAAACACUUUGACUGCUCUGUAUGUGGGAAAUCAUUUAGGCAGAAGAGUCAUUGUAUAAGACACAUGAGAAUGCAUACUGGAGAGAAACCUUUUACUUGCUCUGUUUGUAAGAAGAGUUACUCCAGAAAGUGUGACAUGACCUUACACAUGAGAACACACACUGGAGAGAAACCUUUAGCUUGCUCAGCUUCUGAUCACAGUGCCCACAUCCAAAAACCUUUGGAGAGUUAAAAUGACUCUAAAGGUGAUACGAGACAUCACACUAACAACAAACACGUUGACUGCUCUGAAUGUGGGAAAUCAUUUAGACUGAAGAGUAAUGUUACAAGACACAUGAGAAUACAUACUGGAGAGAAACCUUUUACUUGCUCUGUUUGUAACAAGAGUUUCUCCACAAAACAUUACGUAACCACACACAUGAGAAUACAUACUUGAGAGAAACCGUUUAGUUGCUCUGUUUGUAAGAAGAGUUUCUUCACAAAGCUUAACAUCACCUCACAGAUGAGAACACACACUGGAGAGAAACCUUUUACUUGCUCUGUUUGUAAGAAGAGCUUCUUCACAAAGCUUAACAUGACCACACACAUGAGAACACAUACAGGUGAGAAACCGUUUAGUUGCUCUGUUUGUAAGAAGAGUUUCUCCAGAAAGCAAGUCAUGACCACACACAUGAGAACACACACUGGAGAAAAACCGUUUGCUUGCUCAGCUUGUGCUAAAAGAUUUAACUCUAAGAGGUAAAUGAUAUUGCACAUGAUAACACACACUGGUGAUAAACCUUUUACUUGCUCUGUUUGUAAGAAGAGUUUCUCCACAAAGCAACGCAUGACCACACACAUGAGAACACACACUGGAGAGAAACCGUUUAGUUGCACUGUGUGUGUUAAAAGGUUCAGGUCUAAGAAGCAGUUACGUAAACACAAGUGUGUAACAGUCAUGGAAGCUGCAGGGAUGUAAAAACGCUUAGAGAGUGAUUGUGCUAAAUGUAGUUUAAAAACACAGCAUGUUUAAUAUGAAUGUAUAUUUGAUCUUGUAUGUAGUGCUUCUCAUCUUCUAGUCUUAUAUGUUGUCCUGUAGUUACUUUUUAAGUUGUGUUCAUGUAUUGAAUAUUAUAUAUGUAGCUACUAUUUUAUUUUAUUUUCUCAUUGUUUAAAGAGAUGGCAUCGUAU